UACGUGGUUACGCGGUUUGAUUUGAAAUUUUCAUUUAUUUUACCUAACUUCAAGCAAUUAGAAAAUAUAAACCGAUGAUAAUUGAGUGCCUAAUACUUUGCGUAAUACUUUGCAUAAUACCGAUCAUAACAACAUGCCGAUUAAAAGAAUAUUAAACAUGCAAAAAGCUUCCGAAAAAAAAUGUCGAAAAAGGGUGAUUAUCAUUAGGUUCAUCAUAAAAAACAAUCGCAUUAAACGGAUGAAGCAAACAGGAAGUAAUAUUCCAUUGCAUCAAGCAGAAGAGCAGGUGGCCUGUUCGAGCAAUGAAAGUAAUAAGUUCGAAAGUGUGCAGCGUAUCCUGCAGGAUCAGGAACACGUCAUCCAAGAUCUGAAACGGAAAUGUGAGGCAUUGGGAGAAAAACAAAAUUUAUGCGAGAAGGAAUUGCGUGCAAAAAAAGAAAAAAUCCAAAAUUUAGAGGCAAGAUUAAGCAAGAUGCAAAAGAAUACAAGUGUGCUUCCUCUCAAGGAAGUAAAGGAACAAGCGAAAUCGCAUCGCCCGGUAGCGAUUGUGCCAAUAUUUCAAUUUGCCAAUUAAUAUUUAGAGUAAAAUAAUGACUACGCUCAAUAUACGCUAUAAUCGAAUUGAAGCAGCGUAAGUCGUUUUUUAAAAUGAAUCGAACGAUCCUUUAUCUGACAUUUCUAUUCAAAUCACUUAAAGUCAACUUUGAGUUCACAAUAACAUGUGUAAUGAAAAGAAUUUUUUUUUGCACAUUAUCUUUUAAUUCAAUUUAAAAGAUCAAGAUGCAAUCAUGCA